AUGGCAGAACAGGCACAGGCGCGCAUGCUGUCGGCGGCCUUUCCGACACCCCCGCCGUACUACAAGCACUUUACCAAGCAGAAUGUCACAAAAGUCCGCCAGAUUCGCAAAGAGGCUGCGACAAACAGCGACCAAGUCGACGUGGGCUCGCUGCCAGCAGACCUCCGCUACCUGAUUCCACCCGAGCCACCGGCAGAUGGCCGCUACAAGAGCUUUGGAGCACAGCAUGAUUUGGCGCAACCGGCACAAUCACUGGCGCAAGCAGGAAUCCAAGAACUGUUCCCUGCAGACGCUGCCCACCUCGAUCCGACACCGCAUCUACAGACCUUGACACGCGCCGUUCUACUUAACUUUCUCGAACUGGUCGGCACUCUGUCAGUCAACCCUACACAAGGCCCGGAGAAGGUCGAGCACCUGCAGACACUCUUCUACAACUUGCACGACCUGAUCAACCGCUACCGUCCUCACCAAGCACGCGAGAGUUUGAUCAUGACUAUGGAAGAUCAGCUGGACAAGAUCAAGGCCCAAGUUAAGAGCGUAAACUCGGCAAAGGACCGCAUGGAGCAGGUCUUGUCCGACAUUCGCGUCCAAGCAACCUCCGAGACGGCCAACACACCUGCAAAGCAAGAGAAGCCUUUAGCCUCAGAAACAGCUCAACCCACCGACACAAUACAAAAAGCCAUGUACGAUGCUCUGGAAUUCGAUCUCGAUGAUUGA